AUGCGCGAGCUCCAGCUGUCAGCAGCCGGGGCCGCGGGACCCCCGGCGGAGGUGCAAGUACUUGGAUCCCUGCGCGGCCGUCGCCAUGGCAGCGCAGGCCACGUGGUGAUGGGGCCGCCCACCCGGCUCUCCGCUCCCGCUGCCUCGCUGUGUCCUGGUGGAACCCGCGAGAUUCCGCCCCCGACUGGGCGCCUGGCGAGUCCCCGGUGCCGGGCUGGUUACGGCCCCACCUCCUAGCUCUUUCGGGCCUCACCAGCCCUGCGAGGACUGGUGUCCUUGUAAGAAGAGGACAAGACAGCAGGAAUCUCUGUCUGCACAAGGACAGAGGCAAGGCCGUGUGAGCAGACAGCAGGAGGCAGCCGUCUACAGGCCAGGAGAGGCCUCCCCAGAGACCGGUCCUCAUGGCACCUUGAGCCUGGGCUUCCAGCCUCCAGAACUUCCCCUCUGCCCUGUGCCCCCGACUUGACCUGACACUGUUCUUUGGGGCUCUGGCCUGGACUCGCUUCUUUGCUAUCCACAAUCUCACCCGAUCCCAGGACUCGCCCUGUAAGGACUGCCAGGCGAGAAUGAAGGUCCUUUUGCUCAAAGACCCUAAGGAGGAUGACCGUGGCCAGGAUCCCUACAUCAGGGAAUUAGGAUUAUACGGACUUGAAGCCACUUUGAUUCCUGUCUUAUCCUUUGAGUUUUUGUCUCUUCCCAGUUUUCUGGAGAAGCUGUCUCAGCCUGACAGUUACGGGGGACUCAUUUUCACCAGCCCCAGAGCAGUAGAAGCAGUGGAGCUGUGUCUGGAGAAAGACAAUAAAGCCGAAGUCUGGAAAAAGUCUCUGAAAGAAAAGUGGAAUGCCAAGUCGGUGUAUGUGGUGGGAAAUGCUACUGCUUCUCUAGUGAAUAAAAUGGGCCUGCACACAGAGGGAGAAAACUGUGGAAACGCGGAAAAGCUUGCAGAAUACAUUUGUUCCAGGGAGUCAUCAGCACUGCCUCUUCUGUUUCCCUGUGGAACCCUCAAAGGAGAAAUCCUGCCAAAAAUGCUCAAGGACAAAGGGAUCCCCAUGGAAAGCAUACUCGUCUAUCAGAAGAUCCCACACCCGGGAAUCCAGGUGAACCUGCACAGCUACUAUUCCCAGCAGGGCAUUCCAGCCAGCAUUACGUUUUUCAGUCCCUCUGGCCUGAUGUACAGCCUCAAGUAUAUUCAAGAGUUAUCUGGUGACAACAUGGAACAAAUUAAGUUCGUUGCCAUCGGCCCCACCACAGCUCGCGCCCUGGCCGCCCAGGGCCUGCCUGUGAGCUGCACCGCAGAGAGCCCCACGCCGCGGGCCCUGGCCACCGGCAUCAGGACGGCGCUUCAGCCCGGCGGGUGCUGAGUCCGCUGUCCCUCGCCCUUCCUGGGCUGCCGCUCCCCCGCGGCCCCGGCAAGGUGCUGCCGCCUCCGGUGCAGCUCCCGGGAAGCCGGCGCCCUCAAGCUCCUGUCCCGGCCCGCGUGGAACCCCCGGACGUCAGGCCCACGUGCCCCUGACCUUCCUCCGUGGAGACCACCUGGGACCCUCGCCCGGCGUGUGCCGGCUCCCCUGACAGCAGGAAGGAAAUCAAAUAACGCACCCUGGCCACUUGUGUGACUGGGUAUUGUCACCUGCUGUCUGUUGUCAGUGCAGAGCAGUGUUUGGGGCAGAAACAGACGUGCCCACGUUCUGAUAACUGACAGACCUGGUAUGAUAAUAAAAUUUGCUGUGUCUGAA